CUUGCAAAGACUUGUAUAUUGGUAUCGGUCAGACAUGCCAGUGCAUUAUGAUACUAACACAUUUUAAAAAAAUGUCAGAUUUCUCUUAAUCGACACCGAAUAGCCUACUGGGAAAUUCAGACGUUUCAGAAAAAAAUCGCUCAUAUUUGUUCGGAAUUAAACAGGGUUUACAGGCAAGCUUUACAGUUAAAAUGUUGUUUUUAUGCUGUUGUUUCACCUGACAAAGCAGUAGGAAACCAAGUGUACAUUGUUUUAAAGAUAAAAGAUUAUGCAGAACCUACGCAAGAUCGGGAUAUAAUGUAGGCAAAAGAAGAGUUUACGCGGACGUGGGCUUUCGGAUUGUUGCAUACAGGUUUUGCAGAUGCAUAUUAAGGUGUUGUUUUGUUGUUAAAAGAUAAACGUUACAAAUUUCUAGUGCCUGCGGGGAGGAAUGUAGCCUAAUUUUCCUUGUUUCGAACAAGAUAUUUUUCGUUCUGUUAGACCUGCGCUUCUUCUGUGUGUUUUAGAAAUCAAGGAUCCAUCUUCCCGUGUUGCUUUUAAGGGUACCCAUUCCAACAUUGUUCAUCUGAAAAUGUGUUGAUCUAGCCUACACUUUAUUUUCCGGUAAGGAUGCUAGUAAAACUCCCGCCUAUUCAUUCUCUGUCCAGGUGACUACAACUGACUCGCGUCUAGUUUCUUUCUUAAAUGGAGAGACAACAAAAUUCAGCGGCUAUUAAUAGGUUAAAAUACUCUUUUUUGAACUUCUUGGUUAAUUGUCUAAUUUUUCAAACUCGUCCCAUUGCAUGUAGCGCCAUGCAAGUUCGUGGUAAAUUUCUAGCGUACUCUGUCUCCCUCUAGUGUCCAAAAAGACCAUUACGCCGCUUCAGUGACGAUUUAUUUUGGUAUUGUGGCUUAUUGUGUAAUAUGUGGCUCUGCGCUCACUUUAAAUCCAACAACACUGAUAUUUUCUCACUUGUUUUGUUGAUUUUUUUGUUAGCUUUGGUUACACUGAUAAAUCAUAAUUUAUUCAACCUUUACUUAUAAAUUAUCUAUAGACUGGGUCUGUGAAAAAUAUAUUUAGUGAUUAGAACAUUUAAUUUAAUUUUCGUUUGGGUUCCUUUGGGUUCUGAUUUAUCAAGGAUAGAACUGAUGAAAGUGAAUUGCCUAUAUGGGAAAGUCUAUGAUUAGAUUUUUCCUGAACUUUUCCAAGCUGGCAUUGCGAUCACUUACGGUCUCGGUGAUCAGCCUGUUUACUCUUGACUUGUGAUGCUGUGAUGUUUACGAACUGCUUCUGUCAAGUACAACUAUCAAAUAAGAUGGAUAUUAGUUCAUCUCCAAGUGCACUUUUCGCCCUAAAAUCAACGCUUUUUCAGUUGUUUUUGCUCUCGCCGGUUCUUCCUUUGCUGGAGCCAUUUGACCGACUAUACCAAGACGGGACUGAUGCAUUUUACAGAAAUGACUUUAAUAACGCGGUGCUUUAUAUAGAGAAAGCUCUGCACAGUUACUAUGAACUUCGCCGAACUAAAAUUCACUGUAGGCUGCUGUGUCUGGACCAGCAUCCCUCGGAAGCAGCGCAGUUCUUCGGCUCGGCGAUGCUAAGGGCGUCCUGCUUAAAUAAGUGCAUGCACGAGAAAGUCGGUCCCCAGUCAUUGCACAAAGUCAGUGAAGAAAUAACGCAAGAAUUCCGCAAACGAACUCCGCACGAAUUUCUGCAACUAGCAUGCAAUAAGCUGAGGGGGGAGGACAAGGCAGCCGCAGCAGAAUCUUGUGUCCAUUCAAACCUGGAACACGUAGAAGAGGACCAGAACCCCAAGCGGGACCAGCACUUUCAAACUGGGAGAGAGGCCCAGUAUCACCAGCAUGUCUUCCUGGUUGGAGUAGAGCACUACAGAAAGGAAGACUAUGAGGAGGCCAUCAGACACUUUGAGCGGGCCCUUCUGGAGUACUACAAGGCAGACACAGAGUGCAGGGUGCUGUGCGAGGACCAGCAGAACUUCUGGGAUCAUACACCCUCCACCUUCUGGAGCAACAUCUACCAGCUGAUCUCUGAUUACUUUGUCCAGGUGCUGCACUGCAAACAUGAAUGUGUGCGAGAGUUGGCCACACGCCCUGGUCACCACGUCCCCAUGCAGAGCUACCUGCCACUGCACUACGACUACCUGCAGUUUUCUUACUUCAAAGUGGGCAAGAUCCAGGACGCCAUGGCAAGUGCCCAGGCCUGUCUGCUGUUCCACAAGGGAGAGGAGCACAUGGUGGAGAAUGUGGCGUUCUACAGGAAGACGCUGGGGCAUGACGUCACGCCGCGGAAGGAGGCAGAGUGGUACUUCAGGCGGCACGAGAUGGAGCGAGAGCUGUUCCUGGUGGAGAGCGAGAGCCGGGGAUCCGAGUUCAGACCAGAGAAUUACUGGCACCAAACUCUCAGACGGAAGGACACCAACAGGGUCCCCUCGGGCCCCAGUGGAACUACAGAUUCCACGGCCACGUCAGUAGAGAUGGACACCAGCUUGGAGCAGGACUAUAGGCUGACAGAGGGGGGGCCACUGCUUCACGAUCACAUUCAGCUGGUGCAGAACUCCAAGGGGCUGAAAGGCUCCCAGAGGGUCCUGCUGGACAACGUCAUCUCCGGGGAGGAAUGCAGGGAGCUGAGAGACGUGGCCGACGUUGUAGGCACAGCUGGUGAUGGGUACAAUGGUGAUCCAUCGCCCCACACUCCAAAUGAGAAGUUUGAGGGUUCAACAAUCUUAAAAGCUUUGCGGUUUGCUGAUGAGGGGAGGAUCCAGUGGAAAAAUGUCCGCCUCUUUUACGACGUGAGCGAGAAAGUCAGGCGGAUUGUAGAGUCAUACUUCAUGCUCAACUCCACGCUGCACUUCUCAUACACCCACCUGGUGUGUAGGACUGCCCUUUCAGGUGACCUUUUGCCCCCCCAAGGGCACUGGGACAGUUUUCUUCCUUAUGAUGGAGUGAUUUAA